UUAUUUUACCUUUUCCCCGCAUUUUGAAAUUUAUAACUGUUCUCAAUAUGAAAAAAGUAUUUGGUUGUUGUAAUUGUUCUUCAAGUCCUUUUAGUUUCUCGCUUAAUUCAUAUACUCAACGUCGUUUUUUUUCGCAAUCACUUAUAAUUUCACGGCACCAUUAUGAUGUUUUAGGAGUUCCUCCCGAGGCUGAUCCCAAAUUAAUAAAGUCACAAUUUUAUAAAUUAUCAAAAAAAUAUCACCCAGAUGCAAAUAUAGGAGAUAAAACGGCUGCUUCAAAAUUUAUUCGCAUAAAUGAAGCAUAUUCAAUAUUAAGCAAAGAACAAAGUCGAAGAGAAUAUGAUCAAUCAAUACGGCACCAACUAAACAAUAAACCUUCAAAUUCUUAUUAUAAUCGACCUCAUGUGAGACAUCGUGGAAAUAAUUCUGGUGUGUAUUCUGGUACAACUGGACGUAGUAAAUCAGGAUUUAAUUUUCAUAAUAAGCAACGAACAGAGUUCAAUUUUCAGGAACAUUUUCAAAGACAUUAUGGGGAAGAACUCAGGAGAGCAAAAUCUGAAGUUCAUAAAGAGAGAGAAAAGAAUAUGAGGGGUUCAUUGGAAUAUAGACAAAGCCACAAAAUGAUUAGAUUAGGGUUAAUAGUAUUCGUAACGAUAGUGCUUGGAACUAGUGGUCAAAUUUUCGCACAAGAAUUUCGGAGAGAUGAAUUAUUUAUAAUUAAGCAAGAAGAUUCAUUAAAUAAUUAAUUAGAUAUUAAUAUAAUUAACAUAAUUAACCCUCCAAAAUUAUAUGAAAAAAUGAAUUUAAUUU